AUGGGCAACAAACACUCAUCUUCUGUGGUUCCCCAUCAAUCUCGCGAACAGCGCGUCGGCGUUAACAUCAAUCAUAAUCAUUCUACUCCAGUAUCUCACAUCAGUCUGAAAUAUCACAAAUCACAGACUUCACUAUCAAAAAUAUCGUCGUAUGAUACACUUUCGUGCGAGAAACCUUCGGCGCCUCCUCAUAAUCAUAAUCCGAACGUCACUCAUUUAUACCCGACACUGACAACAUACACACCCUUGACGCCCUCGAUCUCGCGACAAGAUGCUGAGGCACGCGCAUAUAGUGCAUUUCUCAAAUCGUUCCCAGAAUAUCAGAGCACCUGGAUACUUGAUACCCUCCGAAGAACAGAUUUCGCCAGAUUGGAUCGAACCGGUGAAACAUAUGUAGAUUACAUGGGCGGGGCACAAUAUCCUGAGAGCCUUGUUCGCGUUCAUAGCGCAUUCCUAACCGAAGCUGUCAUGGGAAACACACAUUCGGUCAGUAAUAGCUCCAAGUUAUCAUCACGAUAUGCUGACGAGGCGCGGGAUACGGUUCUUUCAUUCUUUCGAGCCCCGCCAGGGUACACCGUCGUGUUUACAGCAAAUGCAACAGCUGCAUUGAAGCUUGUUGGGGAGGCAUAUCCCUUCAAGUCCAAUAGUGACUAUGUCCUCGGUGCCGACUCUCAUAAUAGCGUCCAUGGAAUCCGAGAGUACGCUUCACGUCGCGGAGCUGAAGUACAUUACAUCCCAUCAACUAGUACUGGAGGUUUCGUUCUAUCUACUGCCAAGGAUAUAUUGAGUCAGCACAGACCACAGAACGCUUCCUCACUUUUUGCCCUAACCGGCCUUUCCAAUAUCUCUAACGCGAAAAAUUCACUCUCAAUCAUCGGAUUUGCAUCCUCACUUGGAUACCACACACUUCUUGAUGCUGCCGCGCUGGCACCGUCAUCCGUCAUUUCUCUUUCGGAAACCCCUGUUGAUGCUAUGGUUGUAAGCUUUUACAAAAUGUUCGGUUAUCCAACGGGCGUCGGAGCCCUCAUUGUCAAGGAGUCGUUCUUAGAGAUCUUGGAGCGCCCAUGGUUCGCUGGUGGAACCGUUGAUGUCGUCCAGGAUGGAACCAUCAAUUUCAUGACGUUACCCGCGGUCACAGACGGUCUACGAUUUCUCUCUGUAUAUCUGCCAUUCCUCCCUCUCCGCCUCUCAUGUCUUACCCAUUACCUUGUCACCUCGCUCUCUCGUCUGAGACAUGAUUCGACUGGAACCCCUGUCGUUAAUAUUCUAUCCAAGCUUCCUUCUAGGAGACUGAAAUCUGUUGGGGAACAGGGUGACAGCGGAUCUACAAUCUCUCUUAUCUUCCUCUCGGCAAGUUGCAUGUGCAAUCCCGGGGGUGCAGCCUCGUUACUGGGUAUUCAAGACCAGACGAAGCAACUGUAUCCCGGCGUCACGCUCAAAGACUUUGAGCGAGUGGUCGGCCGCGAGCUUGGUGUUGUGCGGAUUAGUCUAGGACUCGGAAGCAAUUUCCAGGAUGUGUGGAAGGUUAUGAUGUUCGCGUCAUCCUUGGCAGAUAGUCGUACACGACAGGCACUCUGGGAAACUUGGACCAAUGUUCCUAUCGGACAGGCUAUAUAA